AUGAGUCUAAGGUCCAAAUUAGAGCAGCUCAUUCGUGACGCCAAAGAUUAUGACCCAGACAAGCGCUUUAUGGCAGCUAAUGAUCUUUGCACCGAGCUUCUGAAGUCGCAAGACGAAAUUGACGCCAAUCUUGAAAAGCAGAUCUGUGCAAUCUUUUUAACCCAAUUAGAUGACACCUCAAUCGAAGUCCAAGGCAAUGCCGUCAGGUGCAUCAAAAGAACAGUCGGGAAAAUCCAAGAAUCACAAGUCUCUGACGUCAUUGAAAAGCUUGGCGUCUGCCUUGUGCAAGGAAAAGUCGAAUUCAGGGAUAUUUACUCAACAUGUCUUAAAGGACUUAUAAGUGACGUCCCAGACUCAUAUUCUAGAACUGUGACAAGCACGAUGCUGCCAAUGCUGAUGAACUGCAUUAAGUUAAAUGACCCACAGGUGAAAGAAGAAGCCACUGAUAUUUUGACUGAGCUUCUGAGAAGAUUUUCUGCACAGCUGUAUGGGUCUAACGAUAGGUCAGACUUGAUAAAUGCAGUUUCAGCUUUAUUGAACAGUGAUAGACCUUCUAUUAGGAAAAAAGCUACACAGUGUAUUGGCGCUGCAGCUGUAAUCCUCCCUCAAAGCCAGCUACAAAAUUUAGUUGGCUGGCUUAUGCAAAGCAUCACCAGGGCUCAUGACAGAAAAGACGUAUACACCUUUAUCCAAGCCAUCAGUGCUAUCAGCAGAACAGUUGGCUAUAAGUUAAACAAUUUCUUAAAAGACCUUUUGCCUCUUUUAUUCCAAUUUUGCAGCACCAGAGGACUGAGCAUUGAUUCUCCAGAAAUCGAUAUGCAGCACGAAUUAAUAGAAAUUUGUUUAGCAUCAAUAGAAAGCUUUAUCAGAAAAUGCCCAAGAGAAAUUGUAGACCACAUUGAAAAUAUUUUUGGUCUGGUAUUUGACUUAAUCAGCUAUGACCCAAAUUACUCUUAUAAUGAAGACCAAAUGGAAGAAGACGAGGACUGGGGCUCAGAUUUUGAAGAUGAAGAAUUCAGUGACGCAGCUGGAGACGAUUCUUCAUGGAAAGUCAGAAGAGCCGCUGUACAUGUGCUUGAAGCUAUCAUUAAAAGCAGGCCUGAAGUGCUAUCUCCUUAUUAUUCCAGACUUGUAGAAAAAUUGGUAGAUAGGUUUAAAGAAAGAGAAGAAAAUGUGAAGCUUGAUAUUUUUAAAGCAUUUUCUUCACUUAUUAAAAGUAUCUUGGUCGGAGAUGUAGAAGCAGCUCACAGUGAUGAUUUAGCGCUGCCAACAUUGGUGAGAACGAGGUCUUCAGCUGUUGUGCUAAAUGACGAAGUCCCUAUGAUCAUUCAAGGCGUUCUUAAAGAGCUCAGUUCAAAAAACUCAAGAACCCGUCAAGGAGUGACCACGUUUUUAAUGGACAUGUCAUUAUCAUUACCAGCAAAGCUAAAUGAAAAUCUUGGGCUUAUUUUGAAUGAAAUCACUAAAAACCUUGAAGACAUCAAUAACUCAAAUUUGAGAAUGGACACCUUAAUCAUGCUGAAGAGACUGUUUAGAAGUGGGGCAAGUGAGAACUUGCAAGAUAUUUUUGGAGUUUUGCUGCCACAUAUACAAAAAGCUAUAAGUGACGAAUAUUUCAAAAUUGCAGCUGAAGGGCUAAGAGUUGCAGGAAGCAUGGUAAAAGCACUGCCAGGUGUCGCUCAAGUUGUGAGAUCGCUUUAUCCUUUGGUGCUGAACAGAUUGACGAUGACAGAUAUUGACCAAGAAGUAAAACAAGCUUCGAUUUACAGUGCAGCUAUCAUUUUAUCAGUCUCUGCCUCUUCAAUUGAUACCAGAGAUGUGAGAAGAACUCUUGAACUAAUCAAUGACAGGCUUAAAAACGAAGUCACAAGAAUGAACUGUUUGAAAGCUUGGACCAAGAUUUCGCUUGGACAAGCUGAUUUGCCAAUCCAUGACACCCCUGAAAUUACUUCUGGAUUAGAAGAAAUGAGAACUCUGUUGAAAAAGAGCUCAAGAGCCCUUAAGCUUUCAACAUUAGAGACAAUUCUUGCUAUAGUGAAAAAAUACCACAUUAAAAGUGACACUGUAGAAGAGCUAGCUACUGAGUUGCCUGUUUUUAUUAAUGACUCUGAUUUACAUCUUGCCCAAAAUGCGCUUGAAAUCUUAUCAGUGCUGCUAGAAAAGUAUCAUAGAAUAUCAAGGCAUACGAUGGACGCUAUUUUGGCUAAUAUGAAUACACUGUCAAAAUCGUCACUUGUACAAGGAGGUGCCCUUGCUAAGUUAUGCCAAGCUUACUCUAGCUUAGUUAAGGAUGCUGGAAUAGGCCAAAGAGAGCUCUGUGCAAGCUUGCAAGCAAAUAUGCAGGAUGUGCAUAGGCAUGGCUAUGAGUCUACUGCUCAGUGCAUUGCAUCUGUAUGUCUUGCUCAGCAAACUGACUAUUUGAAUGGAUUCUUAGAAGAAUGCGUCAAAAAACUAGGAGGAAAUAACUCUCAAAAGCAGCUUUCAGCACUUUGCAUUGGUGAGAUUGGAAAACACAUUGACUUAAGCGGGAAACGUCAAAUUGAUCAAGCUUUAAUCGCUCUUUUUGACACUCCAGACGAAGACACUAAAAUUUGUGCAAGUGUUGCUCUUGGCAAGCUUGCUGUCGGCAAUCUGACCAACUAUCUACCACACAUUUUUGCACAGUUCCACGUUGAAGCUCACCGUUAUCUUCUUCUAAUCGCUCUUAAAGAAGUCAUCAGUCACCAUUUCGACCGAAUGGUCCCAUAUCUUGAUACAAUUCUGCCUUUGCUUUUUGACCACAGUGACUCCUCAGAAGAAAGUGUCCGUAGUCUUGUUGCUGAAUGUUUAGGAAAACUAUUUUCAGUAUCUCCUGAUAGAAUAUGCCCACAAAUUGAGCACAGAAUUACCACAGGGAAUAACCUUUCAAGAGCUACCAUUGUAAACUCAAUUAAAUUUGCAGCAACGAGCAAGAUAAGUGCAGUUUCUGCGUUAGAAGGAAUAAUCCAAGCAUUGAUGACUUGUUUUAGUAACCCUGAUGUGAAUUUGAGAAGGUCGUGCAUGCUUUCGUUAAAUGCAGUUGCUUAUAAUGUUCCUCAGGCUAUCAAACAUAAUGUUAAUGCUAUUCUUGACCAAGUUUAUCCAGAGACAGUUGUUAAACAAGAACUUAUUAAAAAGGUGGAUUUGGGACCAUUUACGCAUAUUGUUGAUGAUGGGCUGCCAUUGAGAAAAGCUGCUUAUGGACUUUUGGAGACUUUGCUAGAUACUGUGCCUGAAAAAGUGGAGCCAAAUACAUUGGUGGAGCAUUUGAUAGUAGGGUUAGAUGACCCAUCAGAAGAAGUACAGAUGCUUUGCCAUCAGGUGUUGUCAAAACUUUCUACAUGGGGAGGUGGAGCUGUGCUUGGAGCUCUUGACGCAAUUGUGCUUCCUUUAAGAAAGAAUGUUGAGAAGCAGCUCAAAUUGAUUAAUAAUAAACAAGAAGUUGAGCGUGCAACUGAUGUCCUCAGAAGCUGCUUUAGAUGUGUUGAUACUAUCACUCAUCACUUGGAAGCAGACUCAAAUAUGAACUUCAGAGAAUUCAUCACCUAUAUUUCAUCGGUAGGAGAUCUUUCUAGUAUUAUGCAGGCUAUCAAAUCUCAAAGAGAAACUCUAUACUUCGCUUAA